UCUCACGCUCUGAAGACCACCUCCACCUCCUCCAAAGCUUCUCGUCCAUGAAAACUGCUCCACCGACCAAGGACUGGACAGAGGUCAGAGUCCGUUCACCAUCAUAUGAGGGGACUGUGGGGAGAGCUGUGGCUCAGCUGGAGGAGACAGUCUGGAAACCCAUGAAGAAGAAGCUGUUAGAGGCUGAGCUGCAGAGGGUCCAGCAGUAUGAGGUGGAUGUGACUCUGGAUCCUGAUACAGCAAAUCCUGCUCUCAUUCUGUCUGAUGAUAGAAAACAAGUGUAUCAUAGUGAUGCGAGAAAGAAUCGUCCAGACAACCCAGAGAGAUUUUCUUACUAUGGUAUUGUUUUAGGAGAGCAGAGUUUCUCUUCAGGCAAAUUUUACUUUGAGGUUCAGGUUAAAGGAAAGACUAAAUGGGAUUUAGGAGUGGCCACAGAGUCGAUCAACAGGAAGGGAGAAAUCACACUGAGACCUCAGGAUGGUUUCUGGACUGUAGUGCUGAGAAAUGGAAAUGAGUACAAAGCUCUUGCUGGUCCUUCAGUCCCCCUCUAUCUUCAGCCUGGUCCUAAGAAGGUGGGGGUGUUUGUGGAUUAUGAGGAGGGUCUGGUCUCCUUUUAUGAUGUAGGUGCUGCAGCUCUGAUCCACUCCUUUACUGGCUGCUCCUUCACUCACAAACUCCACCCAUACUUCUGUCCCUGUAACAAUGAUGGUGGUAAAAACUCUGCACCUCUGAUCAUCUGUCCUGUCAAUCAAACUGAGUCGAUCAACGACUGAUUUUAUUUGAUGAACUGAUUGAUUUUUCUUGAAGGGAAAAAAUGAACAUGUUUAGUGUAAAUCCUCUACAGUCU